AUGGACAUCGAAUCCCAAAUUACUGAUAAGAUUUGUGCAUUCAUAGGCAAGCGUUGCAGUGUGAUAGUGCAGCCCAUGAUGGCCCUGAUGUCCAUGGCAGCGGCUGGUGGUGGAGGCGGAUAUGGUGGCAGUGGAGGAGGUGGAUUUGGCGGAGGACAUGGAGGUGGUGGAUUUGGCGGAGGACAUGGAGGUGUGGAUUCGGAGGUGGAUUUGGCGGAGGUCACGGAGGCAGUGGUUUCAGUGGAGGAAGCAGAGGCAGUGGUUUCAGUGGAGGAAGCAGAGGCAGUGGUUUCAGUGGAGGAAGCAGAGGCAGUGGUUUUCAGCGGAAGCCAUGGAGGUAGUGGUUUUGGAGGUAGCAGCUCCGGAGCUACGGCGGAAGCAGCGGAGGCGGAAGCGGAGGCAGCACGAUACGAGGAUAAAGCGGAAAAAAGCAGACUUACUCCUAGAUGCAUUAAACGGCUGGUGGUGAGAGGCGGAUAUGGUGGCAGUAGGAGGUGGAUUUGGCGAGGACAUGAGUUGUGGAUUCGGAGGUGGUGGAUUUGGUGGAGAAACGUAGGUGGCUUUGGCCGGAGGUCACGGAGGCGUGGUUUCAGUGAGAAGCAAGGCAGUGGGGUUUCAGCGAAGCAAUGGAGUAGCAGCUCCCGGAGGCUACGGCGGGAAGCAGCGGGCGAAGUGUCUUGCAGGAGUCUGGUUGGCAGCGGGUCCUUCCGAGCGGCGGCGGAGGCGGAUACGGAGGCGCAAGCGGAGGCGGUUUCGGAGGUGGAAGUGGAGGCGGUUUCGGAGGCAGCUUUGGAGGCGGACAUGGAGGCAGCUUCGGCGGUGGAAAUGGAGGCGGUUUCGGAGGUGGCUUUGGGGGCGUCGGAGGUGGUCACGGAGGCAGCUUCAGAGGUGGAAAUGGAGGCGGGAGGAGGCCUGAACGGAGGAUUCGGAGGUAGAGGUGGUGCAGUCAGCGGAGAAUUCGGAGAAAAUGGAGGUGGUGGUGGAUUUGGCGGUGGUGGAGCUGGAGGUAGAUUCGGAGGUGGAGAUGGUGGCGCGGGAGGUUAUGGCGGCAAUGGUGGAGGCGGAAUAGGAGGAGGCAGCGUGGCUACUGGAAUUCUCAUUGGAAACGGAAGCUUCCCAAGUGUUGGCGGAAAUGGUGGCAGUUACGGCGGUGGAAGCGACGGUUUCGGCGGUGGAAAUGACGGAGGAAAUGGCGGUUUCGGCCGUGGCAAUGGCGGAUUUGGCGGUGGCAGUAUUAGUGGGGGCAAUGGAGCUACGGAAGGAAAUAAACAUCACAAUUCAAAAGGCCUCACGCUGUAUAAAUAUCAGGACGAAGAUCAUGAGCGAUACACUCCUCGGUGGGUUCUAUCAGCCACAACAGCCAAGAUGCAUCGUAGUCUCAUGGUGAUAAGCGUAGCCUUGCUGGCGACAGCGAUGCCUGACAGUGGAUACGGAGGACGCGGAGGAGUAGGUGGAGGUGGAGGAGGUGGAGGAGGCCAUAACGGAGGAUUCGGAGGAGGUGGUGCAGUCGGCGGUGGAUUCGGAGGAAAUGGAGGCGGUGGAGGAUUCGGAGGAAAUGCUAUUGGAGGAGGAGUUAGAGGUGGAGCUGGUGGAGGUUAUGGUGGAGGUGGAGUAGGAGGAGGCAGCGUGGCUCCUGGAAUUCUCGUUGGAAGCGGGAGCCUCCCAAGUGUUGGCGGAAAUGGUGGCAGUUACAGCGGUGGCAAUGGCGGUGGAAGCGGCGGUUUCGGCGGUGGAAACGGCGGUUUCGGUGGAGGAAACGGCGGUUUCGGUGGAGGAAACGGUGGUUUCAGUGGUGGAAAUGGUGGAUUUGGUGGUAGUGGUGCUGGAGGUCAUGGAGGUAGCUACGGAAGAUAAUGAAUUACAUAAAUCACCAAAGUUGACGUUCCCUUUUCAAAAUGGGAGACAGU